AUGAAGCGAGCUGGGACGCUGCGGCAAGUUUCGGACUGGGGCGACUUCGUCCGCGGCCAUUGCCUACGCGAGCAGCUGGAGCAGCGCCGCCCGGGCGAAGCGCCCAGCCGCAUCCUAGUCAGCCCGGACAGACAACAUCUCCUCCUGCUGUGGAACCAGCCGGCUUCCCAGGCUCGGGUCGUGGCCUUCCAGCGCCUGGGCGUCGACGGGGGCGAUCUGGAGAGGAGUUGGCAGCCUCCUCAGCCUCCCGUGGUGGGGUUGCUGUUCCUGGAAAGCCCCGCCACCGCGGUCUCCUGGGUGCUGACGAUCAUCUGGGAGCAAGGCAGGACGGAACUCUGGCGCUUCGUGCCUGCCGUCGGGUGGCGCUUGCUGCAGAGCCUGGAGCUGUGCCACGGAGCCCGUGCCCGGAUUGUCUCCAUCUGCAGCUGGGGUAGCCGCCUCGUGUGGUGCGAGGAGAGGCCCCCCUCGGAUGCCCACCUGACCCCUGAGCGGAGAGCCUUUGGGUACUGUAUCUGCACCAGAAGCCUUCAGAUUGGGGAGCAGGGAGCCCAGCUGAGCCCCCUGAAGAUCAUUUUGCACAACAGCCCUCUUUACCAAGUGCUGGCCUCGCCUUCUGGCAUCUUCCUGGUGCCCACUCCAGCCACGCUCUCUGGCGUGGCCAAGUUUGUCCUCAUCUGGCAACCUGGAAAUGCUGACAUUGCCAUUGCGGCUCCUUCCAGAGGCUGUAUUUGUACUAAAGCCUUUCACCCUGGCAGUGAAGUGGACUUCAAGAAGUUGGUGUUGGGCUAUGUGGGGCUCCUGGCAUCCAUGGAAACUCUGGAUAUUCAUAGCUGUGCUGUCGCCAGCUGCAAAGGACUCCUCCUGGUUACCAGAGCAGGUGCUGUAGACAUGGUUCAACCUAACGGGGUGUGGAGACCCAUCUUCGACUUGGAGAGGAGUGCCUUGUCCCCAGGGGAACUGGUCCAGUUGAAGCUAUUUGGGGAUACCCUUGCCUGUUUGAUGAGAGGGGUUCUCUAUCUUGUGGACAUAAACAGUAGACAGUUGAUAGAAAAGAAGACCCUGAGCACCGAAGAAGUGCUUUUCUUGGACUUCAGCACGGAGGAGCAGGAGGAACUGCAGCUUUUUGCUCCAAAUGGCAUUUACAGCCUUGACUUCUCUAGUGCUGACAAAGACAGUGAGCCUGAGCCUGCCCUGGUGGAGAUGGUCUUUGAAGAGGCCUGCAAGUACUAUCAGCGGCGGAGCCUCAGCAGCUCUCAGCUCACUGUGGAGAAACUGAAGAAAGGGGGCAUGUUUCAGGCACCCAUUGCCCUUUCCUCCAUCCUGUGCCAUAGCCUUGCUUCAAAGACAAAGAAGACCAGGGCCCUCCCAGAGCCUUAUGCCAAGCUCUUCAGCACAAUGCAGCUGGAAUUGCAGAGCUACCAGAACCUGGAACUCCUCAAGUCUUGUGUGGUCGGGGCCUCGGAAAGUGAGGUGGAGAGCUAUGGCGAAGAGCUGGUGGAACAAGAGCUCAGCCGCCUUCUGCACUUGGACCUAAACAGGGAGAACCUGGCUUACUUGAAUGCCAUCUUCAGCUCCUUCCCUGAGGCGUCCUGGAAGGCCAUUCAGAAUCACCUGCAGCUACAACAGAAUGGUGAUGGCCUCCUGGUAGCUAGAGCCACUCCAGACGUAUGGAAGAAAAUUCUGGGGGGACCAAUGUCCAGCCUCUGUAAGCAAGAGGAGGUGGCUCUAAAUGGGGUGGUCCCCCUCUUUGAACUUAUCUGUCUCUCUCUUCACCAGUUCAAGCCUAAAUGGCUGCCUCAGUUUGUGGAACUCUCCCAACAGUACAUAGGCGCCUCCUGGACUUACAGCAGUAAGGAGGGCCCCGAGGGCGGUGUGCCUCUCUACAAAAGAGCACUGGCUGUGCUGAUGAGGAAGAGCAGCCGCUCUGUGGUGGAUGGGGAAAUGGAGAUUGAACUCCUGCUAUGUAGCCAGCGACCCAAAGCCAUCUUGCAGGCUAUGGGUCUCCUUGUCCGACAUGGGAGGUGGAAGCGUGUAAUGGAGGCAGCAGAAAAGUUCUCCAUGCUAAGCCCUUUGCUGAACAAGGAGAUUUUUAUCAUCCUCUUAGGAGAGUUUGCCCGACACCGAGCAUUGGACCCCUACUUGGACAUGUUGUGGAAGCUCUGCCCAGCAGACUUGAGUGCUUUUGAUGCCCUCGGUGUAAUUCAGCAACACUUAGACCCAACAGAACUUGAUCCCCUUCCCUUUCAUCCAGAUCGAGCAUCUCUGCUUACUGUUGGCCAGCUCAAGCCACUGUUACAGAGACUGGCACAGUGCCCAUCUGGUCAGGAUGAAAUCUAUGGUGAUGUGUUACAGGGGCCAGUCUUCCCCCCACCAACUCCACCUAGGCACCAGCGAGUGGCUCCAAAGGCUGCAUCUCAGGAAGGGCCAGACCUUUUGCAGAACCACACCUAGCACAUAUGGUUUGAGGUGGUGAGAGUAUAGAACAAGAUGCAAGCUCAGAGAUUGGGGGUGGGUAGGCAAAAGGCAUCUAAAGCCAUUGGUCCUGGUUGAGGCAGGAUCUUCGGCCUGUGUUUCCCCACUUAACAGUAUCGUCAAAUGGCCCCUGCCAAAAUGGGAAGCAAAUCUCCAGCAGUUUUGGACUACUCAUGGCUUUAUUUGGACGAGUGCAGAGCCUGGAGCAGAAGUUAGAGGUUUCUGGUGCCUUAAGAGCAAAUAGUUGCAUAGAAGAGAGCUAUAUUGUUGCCCAAAUUCUGAGGCUCUCUGAAUUACUAUUUUAUGAAUAAUGCUGGUGGCUGGGGUGUUUAAUCUUCCCCUGCAUCUUGGUAAAACUGUCAGUCCACAUCACUAAUAUCUGUAUGUGAGCUUAGUGUUUUUGGGAAACUGCCUUGCUUUGACCUUGAAGAUAUGCUUUUAAGCUUCUGUCAUGAUGCUGUUUGUAAUAUCUACUGCCUUGGGUAUAAAUAUGCCAGCUUGUGGGCUGCUAGGUUUCACUGGUCAGUAUAUUUCCUCCUGAAACUACCACAAUGAGAGCAUGUGAACUGCCUGUUUCUGUCUAGAGAUUAAUGCUUCAGGUGCAGCACAAGCAGUGUGUGAGCAUGCAAUAUUUACAUAUAGCUGGGGAAGCCCCCACUAUUUCCAUUGCAUAUGAAUGGAAAUACAUACACACCUUUGUCCCCUUUAGUGGCCUUAUCUUUUGUGUUGAAAAAGUGGAAGGAAUUGCCAGUUGAGGAGGUUCUGCGGUUACUGGAGUUGGCUGUGCCUUCUGUAUUGACCAGAGCAGUGUAACUAAUGUCUAGUGACUGAUGCUUGGACCUUCAAAGACUUAAGGAAUAAGCAAAUGCUUCUCUGAGGCCGAGGAAGAAUGAUGCAGCUUGGAAUAAGGCAGUAAUAUAGUCAGCCCUUGAUGCUUGUCAAUAUCUUACACUCCUCUAUCAGUCAGUACCACAGGGGAUGACCCUUCUAACCUGCAUCCAUGCAUGAACUUAGCAAGGGUUUCAUUACUGUGGACAUCUCCUGUGGAUGGGAAUGAAAGAAAUGGGAUUUAGCUCUUCCAGAAAAGAGAACAUUUUUAUAAACCUUGUAGGAUUCCUGGAAUCAUUUUAAAAUGCAAAGUUUAUUACUUGCAGAGUUGGGAUAUAGCUUAUUGAACAAGCAGGUCGCUGUGCACUUCCUGUCUGUCAAAAAAAAAAGAAAGGGCCUAGCUGCUGCCCCAUAGCCAGUUUAUGGGAUAGAGGUGGAGCAAGACAGUGGAAGGCUUGCUACUCGCAGGGCUGUCUGGAUUUUUCAGGAAGACCUGGUCAUGCUUCUGUUGUCUGUACACUCCACUUCUUUCCUCACUUUCAGGCUUGCUGACUGCUGGGUAACUGUUUAGCAGAGAAUGGUCACUGGUCAGACAAGGCCCUGCCCUUGCUUUCCAAGUAAACAGCAUAUACUCUGGCAAGGUUCAGGCCUUCUGCAAUACCUUAGUUGUCGGAAUAUAUUGUGGGCUGAGCAAAUACUUUUCUUUGUUGUUGUGGGCUGUCCCUUUUUAGGGGGUUAGCGAGAUAGAGGAGUUGCAUCACACAUGGACAACUCUGGAUCACCCUCCACUCCCCCGGAGAGAGGAUAUGGCAACACUCAGUACAAGAGGCAGGAAGUAUGUUAUUGUGGAGGUUUGAACUGCCUUCUCAGGCAUUAGGCAAAAGGGUACAAGAGCAGGACUCGUCUCAAACCCAGUCAGCCCACACUUCAUAAUUAUGCUGCUCACAGGCUCUCUGCAUAUUCUCAGAAAACUCACAUUUCCUCAGCCUAGAGCCAGUGUUUUAAUUACUUUUAAGAGUAAGAAGAGAUAGCUUCUUUCCUUUCCUGCUUCAAAGUUUGGAGAGGAGGGUGUAGAUAGGUUGCAAAAGUUUCUAUUGGGACCAAGCUUUCUCUGCCCAAACUAUACACAAGCCUUUUCCCUCCCCCUUCUGCACAAAUAAUGGGACUUUGACACUGCAGGGCAUCAAUGUUUAAAUUAUUUUUCUGAUGUUACUGUUGUAAUGGGGCCUCCAAGGCAAGGAGAGAGAAAUUACCUGUAUGACAUCCUUGAAUAAUCUGUGCUCAGCUUUCCCCAAGUAACUUGGCAGAGAAAAAGGAGUGUUUUAUGCUAAUCUUGACAAACAAGUUUAUUGUUUUUAAUACAAUCCCUGGUUUCUGAAGUCAUUCUGUGGCCUGUGUGCAGUAUUAAAAGAUGAACAACCUGAAA